AUGUUAGAAUUACUGAAUCAGUUGGAUGGGUUUGAUUCCCGCGGAGAUGUCAAGGUGAUCAUGGCAACGAAUCGAAUUGAAACACUAGAUCCAGCAUUAAUUCGACCUGGCCGAAUAGAUCGUAAAAUCGAAUUUCCUUUACCCGAUGAGAAAACUAAGCGACGGAUAUUCAAUAUUCAUACGUCUCGUAUGACCUUAGCUGAAGACGUCAAUCUUCAAGAGCUGAUUAUGGCUAAGGAUGAUCUGUCUGGAGCCGACAUAAAA